UACUGUAUGUGCGAAUGAGACAAUAAUAUGCUGAACGAAAGAUAAUCUACAAAGCAGUACCGGAGCGUGAUUCCAUGGGCAGCGCUCGCGGCGGCAUGCUUUGCGUUAAAACAAUACACCAAUACACUUUUGUGUUCAAAACGCACCUUUGUUGCAAUAUAUCUUAUAAAAUGAUGCAAAAAUGCCAACACUGUCACUUUCGAUUAGUUUUUCUUACUGUAAUUAUCAAUAUCAAUCAUGAACGAGUGUAUCGAGUGCAAGGAACCAGUUACUGAACGUCAAGAAGGUGUGUUGUGUGAAGAGUGCGAGAGGUGGCAACAUCGAGUAUGUGGGACUAGGAUAACGCGAGAGCAAUAUCGGCAAGGGAUGGAAGACGGUUACCUUGAUUGGUCAUGCAACGAGUGUAUAUUAGAGAGAAAUCCUGUUGAGCCACAAGAAGACGUAUAUGCAGCAGAAUUAGGUGACUUUGUGGAACCGGAGGACUUCAUCGAAGAUGAUUUGGAAAACCCUUAUCCACAACCCAGGCGAAAAUUGUUUGACAGUUUAGGUUACGAGUAUACUUUGAAGGUGGAUAAACGGAGACCAGCUAUAACUUGGAGAUGUGCCAUGAAGGCUGCACGAUGCAAGGCAACCGUCAUGGAAAGGGAUGGAUAUAUCCGAGGAACACAAAACCAUGUUUGCGACAAUAUCCCAGGUCGUGAAAAGGUUGCAGUAAUCCGCAGGAAUGUUAAACAACAAGCCUUGGAUCGUCCGUUUGAUUCGGCGGCAGAGAUGGUUGAGCAGGUACUUUGUGAGGAAAUUGGCGUUGGAAAUGUUGUGCUUCAUCCAUCAUUCGUAAUAAUGUCAGGAAAGAGCAUCCCGGAUUACACCGCUGUGAUGGAAGUUAUAUUAGAUUUGAUCCCGAGAACUUAAGUGUUGAAAGGUACCAAGAACGAAUAAGUUAAUUGAAAUGCACUACAUUCACUGAGAGACGCACUACAUUCACUGAGAGACGCGCUUGGCGUUCCAUAGAAAUUACCGGCAGCUCAA